ACCAUCAACCCUAUAAAUAGAACCUCCAAGUCUCUCACAUUCCACACAAAAACAGAGGAAACAGAGAAACUAAAGCCAAAACGCAGAUAUGGAGUCCUCAACCUCCACCUUACUUCCAUUUCUUGUAAUCCUACUGGCAGUUUCAUAUGCAUCUUCAGAUUCCUUUCAACAAAACUUCUACAAAUGCCUUAAUUCCCAUAUUUCCGUUCCCCUCUCCACUUGUUUCUACACCCCAGACAACCCCUCAUUCACUCCCCUCCUCAAUUCCUCUGCCCAAAACCUCCGGUGUCUAUUGCCUUCCGUCCCGAAACCCGAACUGAUUUUCACACCUUUGGUCGAAUCUGAUGUCCAAGCAGCGGUAAUUUGCUCGAAACAGCUAAACAUGCACCUCAGGAUCCGGAGUGGUGGCCACGACUACGAAGGCCUCUCGUACAUCUCAGAAGUCGAAACGCCAUUCGUUGUCGUCGACAUGUCCAAGCUCCGGUCCAUCAGUGUUGAUAUCCAGGGAAACAGCGCUUGGGUUGAGGCCGGUGCGACCGUUGGUGAACUUUACUAUAGGAUUGCUGAAAAGAGCAAAAUCCACGGAUACCCGGCUGGCCUUUGCACUAGUUUAGGCAUUGGUGGACAUAUUACCGGCGGGGCAUAUGGGUCAAUGAUGAGAAAAUAUGGCCUUGGAGCUGAUAACGUCCUUGAUGCGCGUAUAGUCGACGCGAAUGGCAAAAUUCUAGAUAGGGAAUCCAUGGGUGAGGAUCUUUUCUGGGCCAUUCGAGGAGGUGGCGGAGCGAGCUUCGGAAUCAUACUUUCUUGGAAAGUAAAGUUGGUUCCUGUACCGGAAACCGUGACAGUUUUUACAGUUACAAAGACGUUGGAAGAAGGCGCGACAAAGAUUCUUUAUAAAUGGCAGCAAGUCGCCGAUAAGCUUGAUGAAGAUCUCUUCAUUAGAGUCAUCACUCAAGUGGGAAAUGGAGCUAAAGAAGGCGAAAAGACCGUGAGCAACUCCUAUAAUGCCCUUUUUCUUGGUGGUGAGGAUAGGCUCCUCCAAAUAAUGGGCCAAGGUUUCCCUGAAUUGGGAUUGCAACGAAAAGAUUGUGUCGAAAUGAGCUGGUUGGAAUCCGUGCUAUAUAUUGCCGGGUACCCCAGCAGUGUUCCCCCGGAAGUUCUACUCCAAGGGAAAUCGUCGUUCAAGAACUACUUCAAGGCCAAGUCGGAUUUUGUGAAAGAGCCGAUUCCAGAGAGUGGGCUCGAAGGGAUUUGGAAAAGGUUUUUGGAAGAAGACAGCCCUUUGAUGAUUUGGAAUCCGUAUGGUGGAAUGAUGAGCAAGAUUCCCGAAUCUGACAUCCCUUUCCCUCAUAGAAACGGGACGUUGUUCAAAAUACAGUACGUGGCACUCUGGGGAGACGCAGAUAAAGAUUCGCCCGGGAAGCAUGUGGAUUGGAUAAGGAAGCUCUACAACUACAUGUCUAAUUAUGUUUCCAAGUUUCCAAGAGAAGCUUAUGUCAAUUACAGGGACCUUGAUCUGGGCAUGAACAAGAAUGGUAGCACAGAUUUUGUGCAGGCUAGUGUCUGGGGGUCCAAAUACUUCAAGAACAACUUCAACAGAUUGGUAAGGAUCAAGACGAAGGUCGAUCCGGAUAAUUUUUUCAGGCAUGAACAGAGCAUCCCGACUCUUCCAACGGCAGCAAAACAGUAAAGAAGAAGGGGUAGAAAUUCCCAUCAUGAUGGGUGAAAAUGGGAAGGGUAGAUUUGGAUUUUCUUAGGUUGCAUCCUUCAAGGUAGGACCCUGUUUGGCUUGAUAUAUUAAUAUGUAAUUUUAAGCUUGGAAUAGUGUUUCUUAUUUUCCAAGUAUUACAAAGAAGUGAUGUAAUGGUUCGUAACUGCAAAUUUCUGAUUCUGAUUACCUUAUAGGCAAAUAUCUGCUAUCAUUAAGUGUUA